UGCUCCAGCCAGAUUCGUCGCUAUGGACUACAUAGUGUUUGUCUGUGUUAUCGUUAUUUCAAUAGGGAUCGGAGUAUUCCAUGCAUGUGCCGGAAGAAAAGAGAAUACCGGCCUGGAGUACCAUCUGGGGAAACGACAGAUGAAGACGUUCCCUCUCAUCCUCUCCAUGCUGGUCACCACCCAGUCGUCCAUUUUGAUGCUCGGUAUUCCCGCCGAGACCUAUCUCUAUGGCGGUGUUAUGUUAUUCUCGUCCUUUGGACUGUGUCUGUCGUACCUGAUCGGGGCAAGAAUCGUUGUUCCAAUGCUUUAUCCGCUUAAACUGACCACAGUUAGCGAGUAUUACCAGUUGCGGUACAAGGGCAAGGCCGUGAGGUUAUUUAUAGCAACGUGUAUGAUACUUCUGAACGAAAUAUACAUUGGUUUAAUCGUGAUGGCACAAGCCGUUGCCAUGGAAGGAGUGACCCGUAUCCCUAGGUGGGCGUCUAUACUAGCUGUAUCGUCAUCCGCCGUCCUGUACACUUCUAUUGGAGGAAUUAAGGCGGUGAUAUGGACAGACGUGUUCCAGAGUGUUAUCAUGGUGGCCGGAUUAAUAUCUGUCUUAAUAAAGGGUACGAUAGACGCUGGAGGGUCAGCCUAUGUGUGGGAGGUCAACACAACUUCAGACAGACUGGACAUCUUCAACUUUGACCCUGACCCUCUUGUCCAGUACACCCUGUGGAGCUUCGUCAUUGGUGGAACAUUUAAAUUCUUUUUCAAUGCGAUAAAGCAAAGUGCAGUUCAGCGUAUGAAUUCCUGUCAGACACAACGAGAAGCGACAAUCGUGUACCUGGUGUCUGGUCCCGGCUUCCUGCUGUCGGUUAGUCUCGCAUGUGGCGUAGGGUUGGUGGCGUACGCCUACUUCACAGCAAAGGGCUGUGAUCCACUCCAGUCCAAACAGCUGUCCAACCCCAACCAGUUACUACCCUACAUGGUGGUGGAGAUAUUUAAAGAUUAUCCGGGUAUGUCUGGGAUGUUUCUGGCCGCCGUCACAGCCGCCACUUUAAGUAGUGUUUCCUCAAGUUUAGCAAGUAUGUCUUCCACAACGCACGGGGACUUCAUCAAACCUCACUUCCCUCGUUUGUCGGACGCAGCCGUCACCCGCCUGUCAAGAAUUUCAGUUGUACUGUACGGCGUAGUUGGGAUACUAAUUUCAUUCCUGGCAGCAGAGUUGCCAGGGUCAGUUUUCAAGAUAGCGAACAGUUUGAUGUCCGUUUUCGGCGUUCCCGUUACUGGCAUUUUUCUGUUUUCCAUAUUUUUCCCAUCGGCGACCCAACUCAGUGUGAUGCUUGGAGGAGUAGUGAGCGGGUGUUUGAUGUUUUGGAUAAACAUGGGCAGUGCCUUCAACGUGAAGUACCAUCCAGCCCUGCAGUUCGCCCCUACUGACCAGUGUGUGAACAUUACAUUAGUCAACGUCACAGCACCAGUUAUUAAUGAUGUCAUUAACAGGUACAAUCACCAGUGUGUUUCUCAUGUUCCUUUUUGA